AUUCGGUGCCCCCACUCCCAACACUGAAUAUCAAGAGAGAGAGAGAGAGGGUGAGAGAGAGAGGAGCUUUAGACAUUCGCAUUGAGCAUUUCUCAGAUAAUCUGGAGGGAAAAUGGCGUCGGCGUUGAGAUCCGCUAUACUGCGCCACGUUCGGGUACCUAUAUCCCAGUCCUUGUCCCUGAACGGAUCCCGACUGACGGCGGUCCGAUCGAUGUCGUCGCACGGCGACGAUCAUCUCGACAAGAAGGAAGUAGUCGACCGAGUUCUCGACGUUGUUAAGAGCUUUCCCAAAGUCGAUCCUUCUAAGGUGACUCCUGACGUUCAUUUCCAGAAGGAUCUGGGCUUGGAUAGCUUAGACACUGUAGAGAUUGUAAUGGCCCUCGAGGAAGAGUUUAAGCUGGAAAUUCCAGACAAGGAAGCUGAUAAAAUUGAUUCCUGCCCUCUUGCAAUCGAAUAUAUUUUCAACCAUCCUAUGGCUAGCUAAUAUACUAAUGGUUCACUGUUUUGGGGUUUUCAUCUCAUUACAGCAACAAGAAAUUGUAUCCAGUCUUUGCUUGUCUGUGGGAUGCCGCAGAAAUUUGAUCUAGGAUGGCAAAUAAUUUACCCUUUUUGAUAAUAGGUGUCCCUAAGUGGAGUUGAUUGUAAGUCUCUACUUGUAUUGUUUUGACAAGAUGCUGUUGUUCCUUUGUUUUUUGUAGAACCUUUCACUACAAACUGAAAUGUCAGCAAUAAUCAAGAAAUGAUAGUCGAAUACU